CAUCGUAUAUAUUAAUUUAUUUUUAUUUUUUCUAAAAAAUUACCAUACUUUUAAUCAGUCAAUUUAAUUUUUAUACGUAUACGCACAAGAUUGUAUUUCGCGGAUCGGGUCUAUCUCAUCGACAAGAAGACUUGGCGUGGUAGGUUUUGGCAUGAUGAAAUGAAUGGAAUCAGUACAGAAUGAGAAGUUCAUUUGGGGGCUUUAUAAAUUACUUCUUAAGCUGAGGGAAGUAAUUAAUGGCUACGAGAAGUUGGUUCCAGAAGUUUCAACCGCGUGAUCGCUUGAGGGCAUCAAGUAAGAAGAAGGAUACAAUGGAUAGUGAAAGAGAAGAUUCAAAGCAGCUUUCAUCCGAGGAGGCCUCAAAUCUUACGAAACAGAGGGUGGCUGCAGCAAAGCAGUACAUAGAAAAUCAUUACAAGGAGCAGAUGAAGAAUUUGCAGGAGAGGAGAGAGCGGUAUGUCAUUUUACAGGCUCAGGGGCCUGAUGUAAUGGUUGGUAAAGUUGCAUUUGAAUUAUAUUCUUAUGAUAUGUGCUUUGAUGAUCUGAAUGCUCUCAAAGUAGUUGCUUUAAUUGCAGUUCAAAUCUUAAUUUUGAGGUACUGGAAUGAAGUGGUUGGUGGAACAAAACAUUCAAAACCUAUUGAAACUUUUUAUCUUGUAGUCGAAGCACUCGUGUUUCUUCAAGCUAAUGCACUAAAACACCAUGUUCCUCUUUGGAACAGCCUUCCAACUGGUUCUCGGUUUGGAGUUGACUUGAAAAUUCAGCAUUUCUGUCGAUUUCAACACUUGUGGUUUUCUGAAACUCCAGCAGACUCAGACAACCUCCGCAACUCCUCCUUCCGUCCAGAUGAAGAGUAUUUGUAUCUUAUAAUGGAAUAUUUACCCGGUGGAGAUAUGAUGACUUUACUUAUGAGAAAGGAUACCUUGACUGAUGACGUGGCCAGAUUUUACAUAGCGGAGACGGUUUUAGCUAUUGAAUCUAUCCACAAACAUAAUUAUAUACAUAGAGAUAUUAAGCCUGACAACUUAAUACUCGAUAGAUAUGGUCAUUUAAGAUUAUCGGAUUUUGGCCUCUGUAAACCUUUGGACUGCAGUACUCUGCAAGAGGACUUUACAGUUGGUGAAAGCCUUAACGGAACUUCAAGAAGAGACGAACGAUCUCAAGCUCCGAAACGUACACAACAGGAACAAUUACAACAUUGGCAGAAAAAUAGGCGGAUGCUUGCUUACUCCACUGUUGGUACACCUGAUUACAUUGCUCCAGAAGUUCUGCUAAAGAAAGGUUAUGGAAUGGAAUGUGAUUGGUGGUCACUUGGUGCUAUCAUGUAUGAAAUGCUUGUGGGAUACCCACCUUUUUAUUCUGAUGAUCCUAUGUCAACUUGUAGGAAGAUAGUGAACUGGAGGACACAUUUAAAGUUUCCAGAAGAAGCAAAGCUAUCUUUAGAAGCAAAAGAUCUUAUAAGCAAGCUACUUUGUAAUGUCAACCAAAGGCUGGGUUCAAAAGGCGCUGAUGAAAUAAAGGCUCACCCGUGGUUCAAGGGAAUUGACUGGGACAGAAUAUAUCAUGUGGAAGCUGCAUUCAUUCCUGAAGUCAAAAAUGAGCUGGACACCCAAAAUUUUGAGAAAUUUGAAGAGUCUAAUAUCCAAGCUCACACUUCAUCAAAAUCUGGUCCAUGGAGAAAGAUGAUUUCAUCCAAAGAUAUUAACUUCGUUGGUUACACGUACAAGAACUUCGAAAUCGUGAACGACUAUCAAGUGCCUGGAAUGGCUGAAUUGAAGAAGAAAAAUAGUAAGCCGAAGAGGCCUACAAUCAAAUCACUGUUUGAGGAUGAAACAGAAACAUCAGAGGCUGGUAGUCCAUCAUCUCAACGAAGCUUCCUGAAUCUCAUGCCUCCCCAUCUUGAAGCUCCAGAGGAGUGAAGUAAUAAAUUCUUGUAAGUUCCUUGUUUGGCAAUAUGCAUGAAUGCUGUACUAUGGGGUUAGUUCUUUCGUCAUGGAUGAAGAAAAAUGCCGUGCUCAAGCUAUAGAACUGCUUCUUGUCUCGUUUUUCUCUUUAACCGUAUCCAAGAUGUGAUGACUAGCAUAUCUGAUUUGUACCUAAAUUUUUUCAUCCUGUCUUCAAAAUCACAGCUGUGUAUAGAAGAACAUACAUCAAAGAUAGAUGAAAUUAUGUGUAAAUGAAACAAUACUGAACAAGAACUGUUUGAUUUCAACUUUUUUAUUAUUAACUGAACUUUUCACUUUGCAAUUGUUA